UUUCCCAAAGCGAAUGGAGAACAGCAGCGCCGCCGCCGCGGGAGGGAGGAUGCCGCCGCCGCCGCCGCCGAUGCACAUGGAUGAUUUCGUGCUGGAGGGGAAGAAGCCCGUGAAGAACCCCUUCGUCCCCAUCGGUGCAUUGGUCACUGCUGGUGUUCUGACAGCUGGCCUGAUCAGCUUCCGAUCCGGCAACUCUCAACUGGGUCAGAAACUGAUGAGGGCCCGUGUGGUCGCUCAAGGCGCGACGGUUGUUCUGAUGAUCGGCAGUGCGUACUACUAUGGAGAUCAGAUCAAGCUGUUCAAGAAAGGGUCAAGCCCUUGAAGACAGUACAGAAAUCUCCAUAUGUUCACUGUAUACUUAGUUUUGGACGAGGUUAUGCUGUUCAUUCUUCUUGCAGCCAUUGGGGCUUAACCAUGUAGUUUUUGCCUGGCAUGUGGUGGCUAACAAAAACAAAAUCAGAUUUGGCGCAAUCACUAGGCUUGAAUAAAGAGCUUUUCUUUUGUCGAUUGGA